UGUGCCCCGCACGUGCGCCAGUUGCUGACGAGAGGUCGACCGGGUCGGGUGUGGCGACAGGAUGUGCGGAACGUCAAACUUGUUCGUGGUGGCCGCUGUGCCGAUGGCGCCUGAGGUCGGCAUCAGUGAGGACAGAGCACCGUUCUGGCUCAACAGAAUCUUCGGUUCCGGGAGGAAGAGAAAGACAUCGACCUCCAGAGAUAUCGGUACUUCCAUCACGGAGGAGCAACUGCUGCUGGAGUCUCCUCCUUCGUCGCCCGGCUCUCCGGGCUGGGGCGGCCGGAUGAGCCGUCUACCGGACUUGGUAACCAGUUGUGACCUGAGGUCACCGGGCCCCAGCGGCACUGUGUUCGUCUUCCCCGAGACCCCGGCUCCGGCUCCGGCCCUUCCUGCGGCUCCGGCUCCCAUGCCCGCCGCGCCGCCGUCUCCGGAGCUGCUGGAGCGUCUGGCCUGGCCGGUGCCGGCCUCUCCGCGUCUGCCGGCUUCACCGAGAGCACCGGGAGGCGCCAACGACCUCCCCGCCGCCGCUGCCGCCGCCGCCGCCGCUGUCGAUGAAGACAUCGCCGUCGACGACUCUGUCGCCGACGUGGGCCGAUCUCUGCGCCACUGCGCCGACAACCUGAGCCUGUCGCUGCUGGAGGCCGGGCCGAACUCGCCGCUGCUGCCCUGCUCGGUGGAAAUGGCAGCCGUCUGCGGCAUCGCCUGCAUCGCGGCCGGCUGCGUCUGCUACAAGCUGUGCAAGUAGCCGUCGAAGCUGCCGAAACUGCCGAAGCUGCUCGUCGCCGGCAGCUGCGGUGGACGGCAAACUCGUGUGUGAUCUCAAAUGGAGCCCUCCGGCUGGGGCCGGGGGCCGAGAGAUGUCCCGCGGACUUGUGUUAAUACGGUGUCCAGUUCGAAGGGCAUCUCGAUAUAUAAAACUGAUGGUCUCAUCGUCGCCAAAUCGCCGGGGAAGCGCCGCGCGAGGGUCCGAGACUCGCCGUAGAUUAUAGUGGACGCCCGCGGGCGGGUGUCGGGCCAAUUGUCUCCGUUGCCCAAGUGUCUUUCGGCAGCGCGAAUGUCGGUAGUGCCCUGUAUGUCUUUCAGCACGUGUUGGGUGUAAAUACACAUGUUUGUUAUCGAA